AUGGCAGGACAGAUCUCAAAGAAGCGCAAGGUGGAGGAAGGGAUGAAGGGCAAAGUCUCCCGGCCAAAGAAGAAGUUCAAGAAGCAAACCGAUUACGACAAUCAAUCCUCGUCAGAAGAUGAGCCCACCGAAGAACAAGAUUUCCCAGCUGUCAAUCUCCAAGAUUCCGACGAGGAGGGCCUCGAUACUACAGAUCUUAUCACGGCAGAAGAAUCUGAGCCAGACCUAGACGACGAGCCAGAAAUUGCUGACGAUGAGGAGGACGAGGUUACAGAUGCGUCAAAUUCAGAUUCUGAAUCUGGUUCGGAAGAUGAGGAGAACGACAACCCAAAUUUGAUAAGAAAACGGAAACGCAAUGAUCCUGAAGCUUUUGCAACGUCGAUGUCGAAGAUUCUGGGUUCUAAAUUGUCUACGAGCAAGCGCAGCGAUCCAGUAUUGUCGAGGAGUGUGGAUGCAAUUCAAGCCAGCAAAGAGAUUACAGAUUUGGCGUUGGAGAAGGCGGCAAGACACAAAUUGAGAGUUGAGAAGAGGGAGGCUAUGGAUAAAGGAAGAGUGAAGGAUGUGUUGGGAGCUAGUACGGCAUUUGACGCAGCGAAUGGAGUAGCAGAUGGGCCCAGCGUACAGGAGACGAUGGAAUUAGAGAAGAGAUUACGGAAAACUGCACAAAGAGGUGUGGUGAAGCUGUUCAAUGCAGUCAGAGCCGCGCAAGUCAAAGGCGAAGAAGCUGCUCGGGAAGCGAGGACAAAGGGUCUCGUAGGGCAUGGAAGAAGGGAAGAGAAGGUUAACGAGAUGAGCAAGAAGGGUUUCUUGGAUCUCAUUGCUGGAGGUGGUGGAAACUUGAAAGCCGGUGCUAUCGAGGAGGCAUGA